GUGUGGGGCAUACUGAGGAGAGACCGAACCAUAAACCGAACCACCGACCGAACCGCUGACUCACUUGGCUCAGUGUUUACGUCUGGACCGCACAGGUGUGUUGUUGGAGUAGAUACAGCAUGUGGAAGAUUUUCCCUCUACUGGUUGGUGUCAGUUUUUACUUACAGGUAGCCACAUGCUCCCCAUCAUGCCUUCCGAACGGCCUCAAAGCGUCAUGUGUUGCGCAGAAGCUCCGCUGGGUGCCUGCUUUGCCGGCCAACAUCACUCAUCUCAUCCUGCCGCUGAACUCCAUCCGUGCGAUCAGCAGCGCCUCGCUCAGACACUUCAGAGAGCUGGAGGAGUUCAACCUUGACCAGCAGGACGUAACGCUCACCAUAAAGAACAAUGCUUUCCACAGACAGAGGAAACUGACUCGGCUGUUCCUCAGUUUUAACUCCGGCCUUCGGUUGGAGCCGAUGGCGUUUUCUGGACUCUCCAAUCUAAAAGACUUGUAUUUGAGUGACUGUAGCUUGAAUGACUCUAUUUUGUCCGGACGCUAUCUGGAGCCUCUUGCGUCUCUGGAACUGCUCGACCUCUCCGGUAACGAUAUCGUCACACUCAAGCCGGGCCUGUUCUUUUCAAGACUCACAAACUUCACACAGCUGAAUCUCAAACGGAAUCAAAUCCAAACAUUAUGUGAAGAGGACCUCGUCGGCUUCAGAGGAAAAUAUUUCACACAUCUGAACUUGUUUUCCAACAAACUCUACACAACGUCGAAUUUGGGAAGUUGUGGGAAUCCUUUUAAAGGAAUAGCCUUUGAUACCCUGGAUUUAUCAAACAAUGGGUUAAAUGAAAACGAAACCAGAGCAUUUUUUAAAGCAAUAGAAGGAACCUCAAUUUCUCAGCUUAUUUACUGUGGAUUGCAAGGAAAAGGAUUUUCACAUGACAACUUUAACGACCCCAAUGAAAGCACGUUUGAAGGUCUGAAAAACAGUGCGGUGAGAACUUUGGUUCUGUCCAAAAGCAAGAUAUUUGCCUUGCAGAGAGCUGUUUUCAGUCAUCUAAAGGAGGUAGUUAUCAUUGACGUUUCCCAAAACCACUUAAACCAAAUUGAAAAGAAUGCUUUCGAUGGUCUUCAGGACCAUUUACGAAUGCUCAACCUUUCCUUCAAUCUUCUAGGAGAAAUACGCUCUCACACCUUCAUCAACCUAAGAGAGCUGCGGGUGUUGGACUUGUCCAACAAUCACAUCGGUGUCCUGGGAUACUCAUCAUUCAGUGGUCUUCCCAAACUACGUGCUUUAUACAUGACAGGAAACUCCCUGAAAGACCUUGGUUUUCCUGAAGCUUUACCGAACUUAGAGUAUCUUCUCUUAGGAAACAAUAAUUUGGAGUCAAUCUACAAAGUCGAUCAUUUGGGCAUGAGCAGUACUUAUGUAGAUAUUUCAAAUAACAAAUUAACAAACUUAGAGGAUGUUUAUUUCAUUGUGACUCGAUUCAAAUAUCUGAAGACAUUAUUCUUCGGUGGCAACAACAUCCAGUGGUGCACGCUGAAUGGGGGCAUUACGAUCCCUCGUAAUAAUAGUGUGCUCGUGCUGGAUAUUCAUGACAGCUCCCUGCAGGUUGUUUGGGAACGAAAAAACUGCCUCGACUUGUUUGACAAUUUCACCAACUUGCUUGGUUUGAUACUAAGCUUUAAUUCACUCUCAGCUCUCCCACAGGGGAUAUUUAGAGGUUUGAGCUCGAUCCGUGAGAUCAACCUUUCGUUCAAUGCUCUGACCCACCUGCAGACGGAUGUAUUUCCAGUCAGCCUGCGGCUACUUGACCUCUCAAACAACAACCUAGCCUCCCCUGAUCCCCAGACUUUUCAGUCCCUGACCUUUGUUGAUCUGUCAGCAAACCAGUUCCGCUGUGACUGCCACCUGGAGAGCUUCCUGAAGUGGAUAAACGUGACCAACGUAACCUUCCUGAGCCCGCUUGAGGAGUACAGAUGUGAGUUUCCGGACGAACUGCGCAGCCAUUCUCUGCUCAUUUACUCCACUAACGUUGAAACGUGUGAUGAAGACGACGAGCCGUUCCUCCAGGAGCUAAAGUUUGCUCUCUUCGUCUUCUCCGCCCUCCUCACCAUGACUGCUGUCCUCAGUGCUGUCAUUUACACUCACCUCCGUGGGCAAAUAUUCGUUUUCUACAAAAGGAUAAUCAACAGGGUGGUCGAGGGCCCAAAGCCGACGGCGCCUCCCACCAACGAGUUGCAGUACGACGCCUUCCUCUGCUUCAGCAACAACGAUUACAGAUGGGUGGAGGAGGCUCUGUUGAAGAAACUGGACAAUCAGUUUGCAGAGGAGAACGUCUUCCACUGUUGUUUCGAGGACAGAGACUUCCUGCCAGGUGAGAAUCACCUGUCAAACAUCAGAAAUGCCAUCUGGAGCAGCAGGAAGACUCUGGUCAUCGUCUCAAAGCAGUUCCUGAAAGACGGGUGGUGUCUGGAGGCGUUCAGCUUGGCCCAGGGCCGCAUGCUGGAGGAGCUCACCAACGUCCUGGUUAUGCUGGUGGUGGGAAAGGUGGCUCACUACCAGCUGAUGAAGAGCAACACCAUCAGGUCUUUUGUCCGGCGGAAGGAAUACCUCACCUUCCCCGAGGACCCUCAGGACCUGGACUGGUUUUACGAGCGUCUCAUGUCAGAGAUGCGCAAAGACACCAAGGUGAAAAAGGUUGCCGACAACCGUCCCGAUCCUGCAGAGCCCGACGCCGAGGGCGGGAUUCAACUGAAGAACAUGUGAAAUCUGCCACAGUCACCUGGAAAAACAGAGGUGCAGAUCGGUUCUUCCAAAUCACAGUGCAAAAAAGAGCUCCAGCCUGGAGGAGACCACCAUUAUUCAAGAUGUUUAAGGAGCUUCACAAGGAUCGGACUGAGAUGAGAUCGGAUCCAAGAAAUGGACGAGAAGUUGCACAUGUGGAGUGUCAGCUCCUGCUGAACCAGAGGCAUUAUCAGAGGAGUCUAGCCGGGUUCAGGUCUUCUCCUCUCUGGAAAGAGAUGCCGUGAAAACAGCCUCCAGUCCAGUGUGAAGUUACCUGUUUCAGUCUGCGUCUCUGCGUUUCAUCAUUUGAUCAUCCUUUGCCAGCACAGGAAGUGUGCCGGGAAGUUUCAGAGCACUUCCUGCUUCUGUGUACCGACAGGCUGCAUAGAGUUGUCGGGUUCCUUUCCUUGCAGGACUGUUUUGCUGGUCGCACUUGACAACCUUCUCCAAUGAAAACAAGAAACUUUGAUUGUCAUUCAGCUGUUUGUUUACCCGAUGAGCACAAUGUCAAAGGAUUUUGAAAACAGCUUCUGGAGUGUAUCGUUUUAAGAGAUCCACAAAUCUUCACAUGAACAGGGAAAAUAAAGCUUUUCUGAAACAAGGUUCAUGUGCAGAACAGCUGCAGUUUUUCAACAAUAACAAUGAAAGAGUGUUUAACAGCUCUUCUCCAGCAAAGUGUAUAUUUACUGCAACAUCAUCUGUAUAAGUGGAGACACAUCUGGCAAACAGAAAAAGAUAGACAGUCUAAAGGAGCUUGGAUGUUUACAUUUUUCUGUGUAUAUACAGUGCAAAAAUUCAUGUCUGAAAUGCAAAUGAAACAUUUCAGUGUUUCUGUAUGAGUGAGGCAGUUGGGGGAAGAAGUCUGUUCACUGUUUGAACUGAUUUUCUUGUCAAUUAUAUGAAAUGAUCUACCUCAGUGCAUCCACUAACACAACAAUUUGAAUAUUUCAAUCCAUUUCUGUGGGUGUCUGUGGCUCUGAUGGAAGAGUGGGUCAUCACCCAAUCACAGGUCGCGGGUUAGAUACCUGACCGGUAGUUCUAGUAAUGCUCAGUAAACAGGAUAAUUGACACUUGA